AUGUGGCAGUACUCAGUCGUACUGACCUGGCUCCUGGCUGCAGAAAGUGUUCAUUCUCUUCCUAAGUCGCUUGACGCAACUAGCUCUUCUUCGCUAAGAACGCAAUACCCUCCUGCUCCCACCCCGGAGGCUAGAUUGCUAGAGCCGGAGACACACGGCUUCUAUCCAACGAGCUUGGAGCGCGAGGGUCGCCUGUCUGAGCAGCCCUUUCCCACAGGGUUCGGUUUGGAACACCUGCUAGAUCCGUUGCUGCAUCCUUUCGAGGAUUCGGAGGACUCUGUUGAUCUGCUAGAUUGGGUAUUAUCAGGCCUACAACCGCAGGCUUCGGACAUUGCUAUUGAAGCCCCAGGUCCUUCGACCGCCAGUCCACCCUUGACUUCGCCAAACUCCCACGGCGCAAGCACUUCAUCCGGCUCUUCAACAACUGGUGAGUCGUAA